AUGGCGGAACCCGAGGCUAUUGCGGUGGAUCCGGACACGUACGCCCUCGAAAGUACCUACUGGCCUGACGACUGGCAAUCGGAAACCACCUCCAUCGGAUCGUCUAUUUAUCGAGGAUUGAUCGAGAAUGGCAGACGCUACCAAGCACUUCGAAACGAGGAGUACCUCAUCCCGGCGGAUGACGCGCAAUUCGAAGCAUAUGAAGCUGGACAUCUUGUUGCUCUCAUUCUAGAGUCCAGUCAUGGUAACCCAUUCUUCCGGUCCCCUGUUUCAUCACCGGAGCACAUUCUGGACAUCGGUACCGGAAAAGGAACCUGGGCGAUUGAUGUUGCCGACAUGUUUCCAAACGCCACCGUCCGUGGAGUCGACUUAUUUCCUCCACCAGUCUCUUGGGUGCCCCCCAAUUGCGUGCUUGAAGUCGACGACAUCCAGCAGGAUUGGACGUGGCAUGAAAAGUUUGACCUCAUCCACAUGCGCAUCAUGCUCGGAUCGUUCGCAGAGGGAGAAUGGGAUCGUGUCUAUAAGCAGUGUUAUGACAACUUGAAGCCGGGUGGAUGGAUCGAGCAACUAGAGGUUAGCCCGGUGAUCCAAACUGAUGACGGCAGCUUGCCGCCCGAUAACAUCUUGAACGACUGGGGCCCGAAUGUCCUGGCCUGUGGCGAACGGGCCGGUCGAAGCGUCAACACCUUCGACCAGAUGACCAAACGGAUCCAGAGUGCAGGAUUCACCAAUGUCCAUGAGAAGCUCUACAAAUGGCCUAUUGGACCAUGGCCCCGCGACAAGGAACUCAAAGAGGCGGGCAUGGUCAAUCAUCAGCACUGGAGUUCUGGUCUGGAAGGCUGGGGCAUGUGGCUGCUCACCAAAUUUGGUGCGCCCCAUCCCUGGAGCCAGGAGGAGGUCCAGGUUUAUUGUGCUCGGUUGCGGAAUGAGUUGAUGAACCCGCGUUUCCACGUAUGGCACCGGGGACGGCGCGUAUGGGCUCAGAAGCCCCUGGACGGCAGUCCGACCCGGACGAAUAAAUGA